AUGUUAGGGCAUCAUUCACUUUAUAAUUUGCUUGAUGCAGUGAUAAGAGAAUGCGAAAGAAGUAUCGUAACAUUGAUGCAAGGCGGAGAGAUGAUGUUGUCAAUAGACUGGAAGGGUAGGCUUUGUCGUCGUUAUCAAAUGAAAGUAUUCGGAUUGGAGAAAUGCAAAGAUGAGCCUCUGAAAGGUGAAAAGAAGUACGACGAUUGCGACAAUAUUUAA